GUGAUCCCCAGUGAAAAGUCGUUCUAGCAGAAGUUAUGAAAUGUGUUUGGGAUCUGUAUAGCCCAAUCUAUCGUCCUCGUCGUAUUUCAGCGCUUAGAGCACUUUCCCGCUACCUCGACCUGAACCACGCCGGCUUGGCCUCUGCGCCGCCUCCUAGGAUCCCAUACCCCAUCGACUUCGCUAUGGGCACUUUGACAUGCUCUGCUCCAGACCGCGUUGACUGCGAGCCGGUCGUGUCACUGCGCCAAGCACCACGCUCACAGCUGUAAACUGCUCCACUUCAUUAGACUGGACAUUGGCGUACGAGCCGCCUUGGAAGACGGGAUUCUGCAUGAUUCGUCGCUUCAGGACCCGAAACCGCGCCAGUCCUUUCAACCAAUGUCAAACUGCCGUCGAAGCGAGUCCAAACUGAAGCCGCUUCAGGCACGCUUCAAGGGGAUGUGAAGUGAGGGGGCGGGG